UCACAAUGCGUCUUACUUUCCUGAUCUUCGGUUUAGGAGCCAUCGCGGCCAUAGAACCACACAUGAAACGUCUCCCAAUAGCGUUGACCAGCCCCUCUGCUGAGGACCAGUGGGAAUGGAGUAAGAUGGAGUUGAUUCCACGCGGCUGCCCUGGCGGCGACGGGGCGACUUGUUGUCCUGAGGGCACAUUUUCGUGCAGCGAUGGUGAGCGGUGCAUCUGCCAGGCAUGUGGAAUAUGCUGCGGCGAUCCCUGCGGUUCUGGUAAUUGCUGGCGGCCUUUGGGGUAUCAGGGCCACGAUCUGGGUUCGGGAUGCAUAAACACCGUUCCAGUCCAGCCUGCUGUGCUGUUGCUGGCGCUUCUACAUGGAUAUGAUUUCCUGAUAUCAGUAUCUGGGUUCGCUUGCUAG